AUGUCGGCCACACCGUGGGACUACAUCGCCAAGCUCGUCUGCAUCGGCGACUCGGGAUGCGGCAAGUCCAGUCUGACCAUCCGCCUCUGCGAAGGCCGCUUCUCCCCCCAUCACGACGUCACCAUCGGCGUUGAAUUCGGCUCCCGCAUCGUCCCCGUCGGACCUCCCCACUCGAAACCCUCCUCCUCCGCCGUCACAGACCCCGACGCUCCCGCCGAGUCCGCCGAUGGCCUGCCUGAACCUCCCCGGGACGACUCCGCCACCCCUCAGAAGCACAUGAAGCUGAGCCUUUGGGAUACGGCCGGCCAAGAGACCUACAAGUCUGUCACGCGGUCCUACUUCCGCGGUGCGAGCGGUGCCCUGCUCGUCUUCGACCUGUCCCGCAAACAGACCUUCCAGCACGUCACCGACUGGCUCAACGACCUCCGGCAGAUCGCCGAGCCCGACAUUGUGGUUAUACUCGUCGGCAACAAGGCCGACCUCACGCAGCAGGACGACAACCGCCGCGAGGUGACGCGCGAGGAGGCCGAGGAAUGGGCCAAGCGGAACGGCGUCAUGGAGUACGUCGAGACGAGCGCAAAGAGCGGCGCCAACGUCGAAAAGGCCUUUAUGCGCGUGGCCGAGAGGAUAUACAACAACAUACAGGCCGGCAAGUACGAUCUCAACGACAGGAGAUCUGGCGUCAAGGGGCCGGCCGCCGGAGGGAAUCGACAGGUGAAGCUGACGGGUGACGCCGCCAAGUCGACCGGAGGGGGUUGCUGUUAA